AUGGCUACACCAGAGGGGUCCAAUCAGGGUUCUAGUAGAGGAUCUGAAGAUGGUGUCAGUUCACCUACUGAUAGGAUUGGAAACCAACCUGAAGGGACUGAGGAUGGCUGGAGCACUGAGGACUGGCGUCUGUGGAACUUAGGACUCUGGAACUCAGGAGCUUCUACUUCUCCUGCACCCACGGUGUAUGAUGAUGAAUGGCAAACUGGGAAUGGUGGUCGCACUACCUGGUGGACGAGCUCUACGGCAUCUGCUGACCCUUGGGCGAGCUGGAGGGACCCUUGGUCUACUUGGAGGUCUGAAGAUGGCCAUGAAGAGAGGACUGGUGGGGGCGGCAGUGACAAGAUCGUUGCCCCGGAGUUCAAUGGUGAAGAUGACAGAGAUGGCAUCAAAGCACGAGGCUAUCUUCGCAAAGUCCAAGCAUGGAAGAGGGUGACCCGGCUGAAACCAGCCAAACAGGCUCUCGUGCUCUACAACAGCCUGACUGGCAAGGCUUGGAGGGAUGCUGAGGAGUUGGACGUCUCCACCUUGGACGCUUCGGACGGUGUGGAGGUGUUCAUCUCAUGGAUCAAGGAGCGGUACUUGGACAAAGAGGUGGUCAAGGCAGGCAAGUACAUGAGUGACUUCUUCAAGAACUUUAAGAAGUUGCCGACCCAGGACAUCCGUGACUUCAACAUGGAGUUCGACCGCCACAUCGGCAAGCUACGAGAGGUGGGGUGCAUGCAGCCCGGUGCAUGCAAUGCCUGGUGGUAUGUGGACAAGCUGCGCUUGGACAAUGGGUCUGAGCUGAAUCUCCUGGCCUCCGUGGGCAACACCUACGAGCUGACCAAGCUGCAGGAGGCUGCAGUCGUUCAGGACAGAAUGAAUCGGAGGAUCUGGGAGACGAAACGGCAGGACCCCAAGAAGAACCACGUCUAUGUGACUGAGGUUGAGGACGCUUCGGAUGAGCUGGAGGACAUGGAGGACAUCGAGCUCUACGAUGCCUUUGUGGCCUACCAGAAUGCGAAGGCCAAGUACAACAAUGUGCUCAAGGCCCGGGGGGCCAUCACACCCCAGGGUCGGGAAGAGGCACUGCAGCGUGCAAAGCAGAGAUCAUACUGUAGUGCUUGUGGAAAGAAAGGACAUUGGCACAAGGACCCGAUCUGCCCCAAGAACAAGGCCAACGGCUCUUCUGGAACUACGGCCCAUUCGACACACAUCGUCUACUACACGGGUGGCGAGACUGCAGAGCUGGAGGUGGUCGUGGAUUGCGCAUGCAGCCGCACUUUGGCUGGAGUUCCGUGGAUCAAGAACUACAUCCUCUUCGCCAAGAAGUACAAGAUCCCCUACAUGCUGAUGGAGCAGAAGGAGAACUUCAAGUUCGGUGGACCUCGUCUUUAUCCAUCGACGAGGGCACUGGUGGCAUGGCUGGCUAUUCAAGGACGUUGGUUUCUGGUGAAGAUUGCAGUGGUUUCUACUCAGGUACCACUGCUGUUGAGCCGUCCUGUGCUCUCACAGCUGGGCAUGCACUUUAAGAUGGAUGAGAACAAGGCUGAUUUUUGCGGCCUGGGCUUGAAAGAUGUCAAGCUCGGCUACACCCCCUCGGGGCAUCCAUCUGUUGAAGCCUUGAGUUUUCAUGGCCAACCACCUGUGUGGCCGGAUCGUUUGGAUUGGAGUGUGAUCGAAGUACACAUUCCACGACCAGCACCGAUCGCUGAGGAGGCAUACAUGGCGAGUGCAGCAUCACUGGGGACAGUCAAACUUUUUUAUCCCAAAGUUCAUGGUCAUGUUGAGGAACUUCUCACAAGAACGGUGUUGGAGCAUGAAUCAUUUUUGAACUGGUGGAACACUGAGAAUUUGGCUAGGGAUUUUUGGGUCGAGUCGGAACAUUUUCUGGACCGCAUACAUGUGACACCAAGACGAGCUUUCUUUGACCCAACCAAGUGGAACACAUCACACAGCCCACUUCGUGAAACACUUCUUGAAAGUCUUGGUGAUUUGAGAGAGUCUACGUGCAUACCCUGUUAUGCCAAGUGUCCCACCUUGAAACUUGAACACCAUUGGCAUGAAGAUGGUGGACCACGUGCAGAAUUUCUUUGGAUUGGCCGCAGCCGUUUUCCCCGAAAACCUCGUGAACCUGAAGUGGCAAGCCCAGGCCCUUUGGAUGUCAUCCGUUCCAACUUCGCCAUGGAAGAUGAACAAGGCCGAGCUGGUGGAGAAGUUGGAGUCCAUGGGUGUGCCCUUGCGUCCAGACUGGACGGUGCCCGAGUUGCGCACCACGUUGAUGGAGGAGUUGGAGAUCCGCGGGCUGAACAAGAGCAGGCUUCAGGGGCUGACUCACCUCUGCCUGGACGACUUGAAGAAGAAGUGCUCGGCAGAGGGGAUCCCACUGCCGGAGAAGGUCUCGCGUGGUGUGAUGAUCAAGCUCCUCCGCGAGAGCGUGCCACUGUCAGCGGAGGAGGUGGUUUGCUUCGGGAGCUACAAGGGCUAUAUGUACAAGGAAGUCAACGAGUCCUAUCUGCGAUGGGCUAUGGACGAGGUGAACAGCAAUCCGCAACACAGUGCAGACCUGGCCCGACUGGCCAGGUGGGCUCAAGCUCGGUCGUCAACGAGCACUACCAGCCGCCAUCAGAACCCAGAGGCAGCCCCAGUGGUGCCGAUGCCGUCUGGGGCUCUGCCGAGGGCCAAGCCGAAGACCAAUCCACCGUACAAGGGGUCACCAGUAAAGACAGCACGGACAUCGAGAACCCGACCCUUGGAGACAAAGGAGGACAGCACCGACUUCUCAGAGGUGGAUUGGCCGGUGGACGAUCAGAUCAAGGAUAUGGAGGCUCGUCUGGAGGUACUUCGGACGAUCAAGGAUCAGGAGGAGAAGGUGAAGGCGAAAGCCAAGGCGGCUCCCGGACGAGACUGAAGAAGAAGGCCUACUGGAAGAAGGUCGAGGAGCUGGUGAGGCUGAGGAGAUCUAUGCGCGAGGCUGCACUUCCCUACAUCCUUGACGAUGAGCACACCGUGGAUGAGAUCUAUGACCAGGACAACUUGGACGUUGAUGAGUAUGACAUGGACCAGGAGGAGGGGGCACCGAAAGUGAACCUGAAGUACCCACUGGACUACGAGACAGUCCGCAACUUGCCAUCAAAGCGGAUGAAGAGGACAUCGAGAAAGAGGGUGACAGGGUGGGCCCGGAGAGCCCUACUUUGUCUGACUACCUCUUUGGUGGCACUCGCAGCACCAGUGGCCGCUGAGGUCAAUGAAGCUGUGGUGGAACCGCUCCGGGACAUGGCAAGCAUCUUCGUGAAGCCUCGCGAAGAUGAACCGGUGGCUCUCUUGGAGCUCUUUGCGGGCUCUGCCAAGCUGACAACGGAGUUUGCUGCACAGGGGUACAAUGUCUUGGAGCCACGAGAUAUACUUUAUGGCCAUGAUCUUUUUGAUCGGCUUGCACAAGAAAGUGUCUUCAGGGACAUCGAGACCAUGCGACCGAGGCUACUCUGGGUGGCUUUACCUUGCACUAUGUGGUCGCCCUGGCAGAGGUUGAACUAUGCACAUCGUCGCCAAGCCUUACGACGAGCUCGACAGAAACAACGUAAAUUGGUGAAAUUGGCCGUUGAAGCGGCGUGGGCUCAAGUACAAGCUGGUGGCGAAGUGGCCUUCGAACACCCGAAGGCUUCCGACAUGUGGGAUGACCCGACUUUGGACAGUCUUAUGGACAGCCCUUUGGUGUCGAUGACAAACCUGGACAUGUGUCGCUAUAUAUAUAACCUGAGGGCCGUCACGGAUGGCGGUAGGCUCAGGAAACCAACAAGGAUUUUGUCAUCAAGCCCCAAGUUGCUGGAGCCGCUUAGCCUGACUUGCCAUGGUGGACAUGGCCACACCCCUACGGAGGGGAGGAAUACCAAGCCGGCUGGCAUCUACACCAAGGAAUUUUGCCAGGCGGUCAUCAAGGGUUACAAGAGGAUGUGUGGGACUAUGUGGUACUACGAGAGCGAUCGAACGUGGGAGGCUAUGCCGGUACAUCCUCUUGAUCCUGGAGAACAUUCUUCCGCUGCACAUCAUCAUGGUCGAGCACAUCAUCAUGGUCGAGAACGAGGCGAUCAACAAAGCGCGGGUUCCCUACAUGGAGAUCGAGCACCUGGCCCUUCUGACGUUCCUGGUGAUCACGUACGUCAAGGUCCUUGUGGAGCUCUUUCACCUAAAGACGAACCUGGUGCAGAUCUACCAGGACGUGCGGGUGCAUCGGGCAUCCAUUUUCCAGAACAUGUUCCUGGGCACAUUGCCAAGGCUUUGAGGAGGAUCCAUCAGAAUCUCGGGCAUCCUUCUAACCAGGAUUUAGCCCGACAUCUCAAAUUGUCUGGUGCAGGCGAGAUUGCCGUGAAAGCGGCACACUCUCUCCGGUGUGAAAUGUGUGCACGUCAUACCGGACCGGGUACCAGACGGCCUGCCAAGAUGGUGCGUGCACUGGACUUCAACCAGGAGGUUUGCCUGGACACCCUCAAUCUCUUCGACAGCGAGCACAAGAAGAUCGAGACUUUGUCCAUCUUAGACAUGGCCACUGGGUACCACGUCGUGAAGAAAAUCAGUGGCAAGAAGUCUGCCAAUCUUCUCAAGGACUUUAUGGAGGGUUGGGUGAACUGGGCAGGCCCCCCGAUGCGGGUCACCGUGGACCAAGAACGUGGCUUCCUGAAGGAGUUCACCGAUGGGCUGGACAUGCUGGGAUGCCAGAGCAGAGUCAUAGCUGGACAAGCCCAUUGGCAACAAGGUGCAGUAGAACGACAAGGCCAAUGGUAUCGCGCCAUUUGGGACAAGACGAUUGCCCAUGUGGUGCCUUCACAUGACGAGGUCGACUACACUUUGGCCAUGGUGAACUCCGCCAAAAACAAUCUGAGGAGGAGCCAUGGCUACUCCCCUGCACAAUGGCUGUUCGGUGCUGAACCCAGGCUUGGUGAUGCGAUGUUGGACGAGAAUGAGGAGCUCUACCAGCUUGAGGAGUUGAGGUCGAAUGACGAGAUUUGGAGGAGAAAACAACAGAUCAGGUACGCGGCUCGGAUGGCAUUCAUCCAGUCGCAGACUGAGUCCGCCGUCAAGCGUGCUCUGCUUGGCCGCUCACCACGGCAACGUCAAAACGUUGGCGAGUGGAUUGGCCCUGGUGUCGUGAUCGGGAAAGAAGGUUCCUCUUUCUGGGUAUCACGGGGUGGGAGGUGUGUACUAUGCGCUCCUGAACAUCUACGGCCAGCUGAGAGUGAGGAGCUUGGUGCAGCCUUUCAGACAAGGGCUCUCAAGGAGGAUCUGAUGAAGGUGGUAUCCAAUCUGGAGGACGAAGACGAUGAGGAGGUCUUUGCAGACGCUACAGGUGCAGUUGCCUUGGACAAACGAGCUGCCCCAUCUGACUUCGUGCCUGAAAGAAGGAUGAGGACGAAAGGGAUCGUGAGGAUGCUUAAGAGAGAACUUCCUGAUGGAGGUCCUGAGCAACCGGACCGACCAGCACCGGCGCUUCUACAAGAACGGGAGGCUCAAGAAGGAGAUCAACAAAACGAACCUGAUAUAGAAGAACUUCUUGAUAGAGCACAAGAAGCUAUGGUGGUGGAACGGCGUGUUCCCCGGUGUCUCAUCAAACAACAAGACAAAGAGGUGAGAUGGGAGGACAUCCCGGAAUCUGAACGGCCCCUGUUCAUUGAAGCCGAGAAGAAGCAAUGGCAGGAACACCUUCACUAUGAGGCUGUGAGGGUACAUCCUCCUGGUGAUGCUGACCUUCUACGUCGUAAAGUUCCUGCUGAUCGGAUCCUGAGGGCGAGGUUUGCCUAUCGGGACAAGAACGUGGCCAAGCGUCGUGAAGACCCUGGAGUACCAGCAAAGGCCAAGGCAAGACUUUGUGUGGGUGGACAUAUGGACCCUGAUCUCAAAAGAGGCGUAGAACCAGGAUCACUCAUUGAGAUCGUGAAAGGAGUUUUUGGACUUUCGAAUAGCCCGCGUCUCUGGUGGGAUAAGUUGGCGGCAGAGUUACUUAGCUUGGAGAUUGUCAUCGGCAACGAGGUCUUGAAGCUUAAGCACCACCAGUUCGAUCCUUGUCUUUUUCUUCUUCGAGAUCAACAUGGAGAAGGAAACCUGCGCGGUGCUAUGGUGACACACGUCGAUGACCUUCUCAUUGCCGCCCCUGCCGGAGAGGUGACGGAGCUGCAGCAAAGCCUCUCUAAGAUCUUCCCUAUCUCCGAUUGGGAGGCUGACGAGUUCGAGUACACUGGAUCAACCAUCAAGCAGAAGGAUGGCACCAUCGAGGUCCACCAGAAGGCCUAUGUCAACUCGCGGCUCGAGACGGUGAGUUUUCCCAAACACUAUGAGAUGGCAGAUCAGGCUGACGAGGUCACGGUCAAGGACAACAUGAGCACCGUUGGUGCCCUUUCUUGGCUUGCAGCACAGAGCCGACCCGACCUACAAGCUGGGGUCUCUCUUUCCCAGCGCAAGCAGAAACAACCAACUUAUGAGGACGUGAAGAAUACCAACAAGGUCGUCAAGAUGGCGCAGAAUGGGAAGGAAGAGCCACUAUGGUUCACCAAGUUGGCAGAUGAUCCUGGCCAAUUGGUUUUACUGGUUUUCCACGAUGCUGCUUGGGCGAACGCUCCACCAGACCCUGCUGUGGCUGACGCUGCAGACCUGGAAGAAGCUCAGGGACAUGGUGUCUACUCUCAGCUCGGCCAUAUCCUGAUCCUGACGACCAAGGAUGCCCUCGCUGGCAAGCCGAGCCCGUCAAUGAUUGUGGGGUGGAAAUCACACGCGUGCCCAAGAGUCUGCAGGAGUACGUUUGCUGCCGAGACUAUGUCGGCACUGGGCGGCUGGGAGGAUGGCCUAGCUUUCCGCUCCUACGUCUCCAGCGCAAUCAACCCUGGUGCAUCUGGUGAGGAUGAGGCCCGGGAGCUCUUCCCGAUAGUCUCCCUCACCGACUGCAAGUCUCUCUACGACAAUGUGCACCGACUUGGAGGGCCCCGUGCACCGAGCGAGAAGCGGCUCAUCGUGGAUUUGAUGGCACUACGCCGUAUGGUGACUGAUGAAGAUCGCCGUGAUCGUCGACGUCAGAACGUGGUGGCAGAACGUGAGGAGAGGAGCAAGUUGGAUGAGCUUCAAAGCAAGGUCCGCAAGCUUGAAAAUGAGCUGCAGAGGCUGCCAAAUGGAUCACCACACGGCAAGGAGUCUCCGGCAAUUAAUCAAAAGCAGGCUUUGCCAGUGAUAUCAGGUGGAGAUUUGAAUGCGAAGGUGGACACAUCGCCUCCACGGUAUCUCUGGCGACGCUUGGAGAAGGCCGAAGAGGACGUGGUGGCCGCGCAAGCUCUGAUGGAGAGGAAGUUGCACGAGGUGAAGGCUGAGAGCUCCUUCCAGCAACAGGUGGAUGACCUGGCGCUUUCGGCCUUAAGGAAGUGA